UGGAUUCUAAUUCCAGGGCAUAACUUUGUUGUAUAAAAUCCUCUUCGUAUCACACUAUAUUCAGCAGUUGAAAAACAAGAGAUAUCCAACUAUUUGAUCAAGUGGAAAAAAUGGCAGAAGAAGUUAUGGAUGGCAGUAAACAGAGAAAAAUCAUGGUGGCCGUUGAUGAGAGCGAGGAAAGCAUGUAUGCACUCUCUUGGGCCCUCGAUUUUCUCUUUGUGCAGACAAAGGACACCCUUAUUCUUCUCCAUGCUCAACCUCUUCCUAGGGUUUACACUGCUACGGAUGGCACAGGUUACAUAUUCACAUAUGAUAUAAUGCAGUCCAUGGAGAAGUACCAGAAAAAUAUCACUGAAAACGUAUUGGAGAAGGCCAAACGUAUUUGUACUGGAAAAAAUGUGUGUGUGGAAAGUAGAGUGGGUGUGGGGGAUGCGAGGGAUGUUAUAUGCGAGGAAGCUGAGAAAGUUGGAGCAGACUUGGUGGUGAUUGGUAGCCAUGGUUAUGGUGCCUUAAAGAGGGCAUUUUUGGGGAGUGUCAGCGAUUACUGUGCUCACAUUGGAAAAUGCCCUGUUUUGAUUGUGAAGCAUCCCAAGAAAUGAGAAGGAGCUUUUUUAAUCCAGAGACAGGUUGCAUUGGGGUUGGACACAAAUAUAUUUUGUGUGUUUUGCUUUUUCAAUUUUGUUUGGGUAAAUAUGAAGGGAAUGCAUUUUUCCUACUCCACUGUGUCACAAGUAAUUUUAUUUAAAGAAAACUUCCAAGUUAUGGCAUAUCUGCUAUUGUUGACUGAGGAGGGAAAUUUAUGAAGAGGCAGAGCAGCAAUAUUCAUUGGAAAACACUUCAAAAAUAAUGUAAAUAUUGGGAUACAUUGAUUUUAUGUAAGUAUUCAUUACACUUAUCUUUACAAGUGCUCAAAUAUAGUCAUCUAAAUUUCUAA